GACGAGCCACUUGAGCAGUAAACCAGGUGCGGUGCAGAAGGAGAGAUCGAGAGAUCGAGAGAAAGAAAGCAAUCGAGGGGAGGAGCUAGGGGCUGCGAUGGCGUCGGCGGCGAGCAGGAAGGCGCCGUCGCUGGUGGUGGCGGCGAGCGUGGGCGCCGUGGAGGCGCUCAAGGACCAGGCGGGCCUGUGCCGCUGGGGCUACCCGCUCCGCUCGCUCUACCGCCACGCCGCCGCCGCGCCCAGAGUCCGCGCCCUGUCCGCCUCGCUCUCCGAGGCCACCGCGGCCGCCGCUCCCCGGCCGGUGCCUUUGUCCGCGGAGGACGCGAAGCUGCGAAAGGCGCACCACCUCGUCUGCUGGGGGCCCAACUGAGCUCCUCUUCUCCGCUUCAUGCCUCCGUCGGCACAUGAGCAUGCACAAGUAGCUGAUGAAUGCC